ACGUCAGAUCCUGUCACAAGGUGAACAUAGACGCUUCAAAGACAGCUUUCUCUGUUGGUUGUAUUUAUUUCUAGAUUUGUAAAAUUAGCUAAACUCUCAUCGUUAUCGGAACAACUUAAAAUGGGUACUUGAUACGAUGAUUAGAUUAAUACUAAAUGUAUCCAUUUGGGAAGAAUUGGGAAUGGAUCAUCUUUAUAAACUGCCUACGUUUGCUCCUGGUCGUAGGUUUGCUAGCUAUACAUGAAGCCAGAGCAUUCUCUUCUUGUAGCUAGCUAGAUCAGCUGGCUAACUCUGCCCGGCCAGCUACGGGCGAACAACAGCUAGCUAAUCCAGCCACUUGUCAGCACAUUUCAUUGUAACUAACUACAUAAGUCUGACAGUUAACGUUAGCUAAAGAGAAUGGCGUCGUCAUUUGUGAUUGGAAACACAUUUCGAGAGAGGGUAAGAGACUUGCUGGAGAAGGAUGAGGCUUCAGUUCCAACAGAACUACAGAAAGAAUUGGAAGAUAUUCUUCAACGGGAACAGCCAUCAACUCUGUCUUUCAGAACUGCAAGGAAACUUCAUAAAUGUCUGCUCGACAAUGGUCAACCCUUCUACCUUAAUGAGUUGUUGGAGGACAGCUCAUUGCACCUGCCUGAGGUUGAAACGCCCCCCAGAAACCCUGUGCUCGUGGCUCGUCUGGAGCGAAUCAGAGCCAAGUUGGCCAAUGAAGAAUACAACAGGAUCACACGGAAUGUAAACACUCAGCAAAUGAAUCGUCGUGAGACAUUGGCGGACUUUGGGAAAGAAGUGCGCUCAGCCAAAGCUGCUGUUGUGACGGUCUUAAACUUCCUAGUGACAGUGGUGGCGACGUUCGCCUGCUCCUAUCUCGGCAGUCAAUACCUCUUCACAGAGACAACGGCGAGGGUGAUAUCUGCAGUGAUUGCUGCGUCCGUCGUCGGCCUGGCAGAGCUGUAUGUUCUGGUACGGACCAUGGAGGGAGAGCUAGGAGAACCAUAGCACCAGUCAGUGUUCUUAUCAACAAAACUCAUUGCUGGAGAACUAUGCUCUUACCUGACCGACCAGUGGACUUCAAAGACGGAAAUCAAACGGGUUAAAUUUACAUGACAUUUUAGUCAUUUAGCAGACACUCUUAUCCAGAGUGACUUACAGGAGCAAAUAGGGUUAAGUGCCUUGCUCAAGGGCACAUCAACAAAUGUUUCACCUAGUCAGCUCGGGGAUUCGAAACCAGCAACCUUUCGGAUGCUGGCCCAACCUCAUAACCGCUAUGCUACCUGAGUGGAAGUCGAUGUACAGCUUUGACUUAACCCCAAAACUAGUGAUAAGAAUUGUCCCACGUUAUUCAUGAAUUGAAAACGGAUCAGUGUGAAGAUCUUGAAUGUGACCCAGAUGUAAAAGUUGCUUGUGUUUUACCAUCGCUUCUCUAUCAUGAUGACGUUGACUCAGUGUUUCCCAACUCGUUUAUUUACUAAUGUGCACUAAACAAGUUGGGAUAUUUAGCUAUUUAUUUCCAUCCAUUUUGCUUUCAUAGGGCCUGUUAAAAUAACCCCAUUUAAAAGAAAAUGUAGGAUCAUUUCCUACUAGGAUGUAUCGGGGAUUUUUUCAUACAAUAGUUUAUUCAUACUGUACUUUACACUCCUUCAGUGUGUUUCUGUGUAGUCAAUAUUGUUUGUUUGUCUACUCAAUAAAGUUAACGGCCAUGUAAUUACAA